GUAUGCCUGAAAGCCUUGGCUCAGACGACCUUCGACAAGCGCUGCCUGGUACUUCCGUCGCAGUCAGUCCCAAGCACGGUGGACGUGGUUGUGGUGGGUGCCGGGUUGCUUGGCAUGCUCACGGCGCAACGGUGUACAUCAGCUGGCUUCAGUGUGGCAGUGCUGGAGCAGCGUCCGGUGAUUGGAGGAAUUUGGUCCAUGUAUGCCAACAGCACCUCACAGGUGAACAGCUCAGAAGGUGGCUACUGCAUUAAGGAUCUUCUCCAAGAGGAGGAGGAUGGUAGUCAUGACAACCGCGACCACAGCACUGCUGCAGAAGUUCUGAAGGACUUGGCCAAGUUAGGUGAUCAAUUGAAACAGCACAUCUUCACUUCUGUAAAGGUCAUGAAGAUUCUGGGCGAACAGGGCAGCUACACGGUGCUCUUCGAAAAC